AUGGCUGCGACUCCUGAAGUCCUUUGGGCUCAACGAUCCAGCGCGACCGAUGCCGCGAAGAACUACAUCUACCUGACCAUCUCCGUACCCGAUGUCCAGGCAUCCAAGCUCAAGCUUGACCUGAAACCAACCUCCCUCUCCUUCUCCGGCCACUCGGACUCCCUCAAGAGAGACUAUCAACUCGAGCUUGACUUCUAUGCCGAGAUUGACCCAACGGAGAGCAAGAUCAACCCCACGGGCAAGAACAUCGAGAUGGUCCUGCGAAAGAAGGAGCUGAAGGAGGAGUUCUGGCCAAGACUGUUGAAGGACGCAAAGAAGGUGCACUUCCUGAAGACCGACUUCGACAAGUGGGUUGACGAGGAUGAGCAAGACGAGGCUCCCGAGGAAGACCUAGCAGGUAACAUGGGCGGAAUGGGUGGCAUGCCAGGUAUGGGAGACAUGAGCUCGAUGAUGGGCGGAGGAGCAGGAGGUGACUUUGGCGGCAUCGACUUCUCCAAGCUCGGAGGAGGUGCGGGCGGCGACGCAGAGGGUGAAGAAGAGGAUGACGAUGACGAUGAGGAUAUGCCAGAGCUGGAGGAAGACGAGGAGGCCGGAAAGGCCAGCUCCAAGAUCGAGGAGGUCAACUAG